AUGGAAGCUGUCACAGUAUAAUAACAGUAAAUAUAGACGAAAUAAAUGCGGAGAAGGAAGAGAAGUUACAUCUCUCUCUCUCCCUCUGUCUCUCUCCACUGGUUUCUCAUCUGUCAAUCUUCCUACUAACUGUUCUCCUCCCUUUUCAUUUGUGCAAAGAAAGGGAAGGAAAGAAGAAAAGGGAAUUUGGAGAAGAUGGGAAGAGGAAAGAUUGAGAUCAAGCGCAUCGAGAACACGACUAACCGGCAGGUCACCUUCUGCAAGCGCCGAAGCGGGUUGCUCAAGAAGGCGUACGAGCUGUCUGUGCUCUGUGACGCCGAGGUGGCUCUCAUCAUCUUCUCCAGCCGCGGCCGUCUCUAUGAGUAUGCCAACAACAGUGUGAAAGCUACUAUUGAUAGGUACAAGAAAGCGUGUGACAGUUCCAACUCGGGGACCGUAACUGAAGCGAAUGCUCAAUAUUACCAACACGAAUCACAUAAACUACGGCAGCAGAUCAGCAAAAUUCAACAAGAUAACAGACAAAUGUUGGGUGAAGGUAUUAGUGAAAUGAGUCACCGAGACCUCAAAAACUUAGAAAGCAAAUUGGAGAGAAGUAUCAGCAAAAUAAGAAGCAAAAAGAAUGAUCUGUUGAAUGCUGAAAUCCAGUAUAUGAAGAAAAGGGAUGACGAUCUGCAAAAAGAGAAUAUAUAUCUAAGAGCAAGGAUCAAUGAGAAUGAGAGGGCACAUCAGCAGCAGCAGCAGCAUGUGACUGUGAUGACUGGGGGCCCAUCAUCAGAGUAUGAGGUUCUUCCAAUGACCUUCCAGCAUGUCAAUCUAUUGGAACCUUCCCACCAUCAACACCACCACCACCACCACUACUCAUCACACCAGGAAAGGACGGCCCUUCAACUUGGCAGAUGAGCUACUUGGGAAGGAUCCAAGACUAUGAAGAUGGCUUAUAGUUGCCAGUAUUAUGGUUUUUAUUGGAUCAAGGUCCCAAUCUUAAAUAUGAAGUUAUGUAGUCUAAUCGUCCAAAGGGAGGGGGAAAGAGCUGGGAGGAGAAAAUAGGGAGAAUCUGGUGGAUGUAUUAAGUAUUCUCCUAGCUAGCAUCUAAAGACCAUCAUAAAAUGUUUGAGCCAGCCUGUUUUCUUUUGGAACAUAACUGGUUGUAAGAUCAUAACGUUAUUUAAAUUAUCUUAGUUCCA